AGUUUGAUCUAUAUAAGAUGGAUAGGCUGUGUUUUCAUCCAGUCGAGUUUAGGUACCCACCGCAAGGCUGUUGGCUGAAGAAAAACCUGAUCUCUUGGUAUCGAAAAAUGUCUGCAAACGUGACAGCAAUGGUGAAUGGAACACAGUCCAUGUCGAGCUGCUUCAACCCCACAGCGAGAAGAAUUGGAGGAACCUUCGCCUACUGUCUGCUAUUUGUUGUGUCGCUGGCUGCGAAUACCUUCAUUGGAAUAAUUGUCUAUAGGACGAAAACUAUGAGAACACCAAUCAACAUUUUGAUAGUAAACAUGGCACUCUCCGAUCUGUUGUACCCGAUUUUCCUCUUUCCUAAAAUUUUUGUAGAGUUAAACACGGCCGGCCACUGGCUGGUUGGCGGUCCCCUUGGCCAUGCGGCGUGUAAACUGAGUUCCUUCGCUGCAGAUGUCUCAACUCUAGUGUCAAUUCAGAGCCUGUUGUUGAUCGCAGUGGAUCGAUUUGUAGCUGUAGUAUUUCCUCUCCGUUCCCCACUGAUCAGUUCAAAGCAGUGCCGGUACUUCAUUCUCGUCAUUUGGAUCGUCGCCAUGGCAGUCCAUUGCCCAUAUUUGAUCGCCUUUAAAGUUCUUGAGUAUUCAGAAGGGCUGUUUUGUCGGUGGCAGCGGAAUGACAUAUUUGGAGAGUCCCUAUCGCAGCAAACCUACAUACUGGGAUUGAUCGUUGUUACCAUAUAUGUCCCUUUGGUUUUGAUUUCCAUACUUUAUUUUGUCAUUUCCUUAAAAAUUAAAUCGCAGAAGAUUCCAGGGAAGCAAUCAGCUAACGCAAGAGAACGGCGUUUGAAGAAAGAAAGAAAUGUUCUUAAUAUGUCCGUUGCCAUUGUCCUGGUGUUCGCCGUAUGCUGGUUGCCACUCAGCAUCUACGCCUUGCUGUUCCUUUAUUCAUCAAACAUAGCUAUAUGGUCAUCUUGUGGCAUGCAAUACUUUGGAACUAUUGCCUUUCUUCUGGCGCGCUCGUACUGUGCUGUAAAUCCUUGCAUCUGUUUUAUCUUCAGUGGUAAUUAUCGUCAAGGUCUCAAGAAUCUCUUCGGUUGUUUUCCUACAGGCGAAGCUGCUUAGUUAUCGUUUUCUCCCCAGCCUUCUGCAUGCUGUUUGGAUUUAUCCGCGCAUUGAUGUGGCUGAACAUGCCCGCCGUUUCUUUAUCCCUAUUUAUAGAGAAUUUGAGCAGAGAAAUUUUUGAGACGCGGGCAGCAACAGGAGAAAGAAUAAAACUAAAUCUGGCGCGAUUUGACACUAA